GAACUCCAUCAGCCGCUUCCCCAAUCCCUGAAUUUCCAUCAGCCGCUUCUCUUCCCCAUCCCCUGAGCUCCAUCAUCCCCUCCCCAGCCCCGGUUUGACCCCGGCGGGUUCCACCUGCACCGCUCCCGGCUGGCAGGUGAUUUCCUUUCUUUUCGCUCCCCUGCCCGUGCGUGAGUGCUGAACAGCAAAAAGUCCGCCUGAAAGGCUGGGAGAGCUUGGGCAAAGCCACGGUGGAGAGUUGUGGCGUUUUGGAUUUACAUGGCACAAAGCACUCGCACCUCUGCUCGAGGGACUCGUAUGGCUUGAAGGGUGGAGCUGGCAGCCGGCACUGGGAGCCCCAUGGAUCCCCUCAACCUCUCGUGGUACGACGGGGACAGGAACUGGAGCCGGGCGCUGAACGCCUCGGAGGCGGCGCAGAAGCCGCACUACAAUUACUACGCCGUGCUGCUCGCCCUCCUCAUCUUCGUCAUCGUCUUUGGCAACGUCCUGGUGUGCAUGGCAGUGUCCAGGGAGAGAGCCCUGCAGACCACCACCAACUACCUGAUCGUCAGCCUGGCUGUGGCUGACCUGCUGGUGGCCACGCUGUGCAUGCCCUGGGUGGUGUACCUGGAGGUGGUCGGGGAGUGGCGGUUCAGUCGCAUCCACUGCGAUAUCUUUGUCACCCUGGACGUCAUGAUGUGCACUGCCAGCAUCCUCAACCUCUGUGCCAUCAGCAUUGACAGGUACACGGCCGUGGCCAUGCCCAUGCUCUACAACACCCGCUACAGCUCCAAGCGCAGGGUCACCGUCAUGAUCGCCGUGGUCUGGGUGCUCUCCUUUGCCAUCUCCUGCCCACUCCUCUUCGGCCUCAACAACACAGAUGAGAAGGAGUGCAUCAUUGGCAACCCCGCCUUCGUGGUGUACUCCUCCAUCGUGUCGUUCUACGUGCCCUUCAUGGUGACACUGCUGGUGUACGUGCAGAUCUACAUCGUGCUGCGGCGCCGCAGGAAGCGCGUCAGCACCAAGCGCAGCAGCCACGUGCUGGACUCGGACACGCAGGCUCCCCUGAAGGACAAAUGCACUCAUCCAGAAGACGUCAAGCUCUGCACAGUUAUUGUGAAGUCCAAUGGGAGCUUCCAAGUUAAUAAGCGCAAAGUGGAGGCAGAGAGUCACAUAGAAGAGAUGGAAAUGGAGAUGGUGUCCAGUACCAGUCCCCCUGAGAAAACGGCCCUCAAACCCACAGCACCAAGUAACCACCAGUUGAUUGUGCCAGUUGCUUCUAAUCGGGGCAACAACUCUACCCUGCAGGCACCCCUGAGCAGCCCUGGGAAGGUGGAGAAGAAUGGCCAUGCCAAAGAAUCCCACCACACAGCCAGGGUCUUCGAGAUCCACUCCCUGCCCAACGGCAAGACGAGGAACUUGCUCAAGGCCGUGAUCAGGAGGAAACUGUCCCAGCAGAAGGAGAAGAAAGCCACCCAGAUGCUGGCCAUCGUGCUCGGUGUUUUCAUCAUCUGCUGGCUCCCCUUCUUCAUCACUCACAUCCUGAACAUGCACUGCGACUGCAACAUCCCUCCGGCCAUGUACAGCGCCUUCACAUGGCUGGGCUACGUCAACAGCGCUGUCAACCCGAUUAUCUACACCACCUUCAACAUCGAGUUCCGCAAGGCUUUCAUGAAGAUCCUCCACUGCUAAAGCCACCAACAGCACCCGCAUGUUUUUGGGAACGGAGGGGAAGAGGGAGCGGCGCCAUCCAUGCACAGCGGGCAGCGGGAGGGGCUGAGCUCUGCGGGUGGGUCCCCCAGCAGCUCGGGGGUGCAGCGGGGUGGGAGGGUCGCUCGCCCCGCUGGGGAGCUCUGGACCAGUCCCAGGCGCUUUGCAGAGCCACCCUGGCGCUGUGGUGGAAGUGGAAGCGCAAGGAUCGAGGCGCUCUCGCUCGCUUCUCGCCCGUGGCCGCCCGGCCUGGAGCGCGCUGGACACAGAGUGGCCACGGGGCCACCGGGAGGUAGCGCGGGGUGCUGGGCACAGCUCUCACCAAAGACAAGGCCAUGGUCCCCGCUGGGCAGCAGGAGCCAGGCAGGGCUGGGGAAGCUCUGUGCAAUAGCUUUGCCUUCACCUCGAGCUGACUCACCCGCUGUUCGACUGCUGAAGCCUUCAGAAAUUAAAUAAAAACCAACCCAAAAAACUUUCAGAGGGGCCCAGGCGGGCCGAGAAGGUUCUGCCACCCCCAGACCCUGCAGCAGUGUGAGCCUACAAGCCAUGGGUGGAAGGGAGAAGGGGCCAUCGGUCCCAUGUCAAACCAUCGGUGUAAAUAGGAAUAAAUAAUAUGGAUUUUGGAGCCCAAGCCAAAAAAAACCCCAAAAAGAGAUGGAGAGAGAAACUCAAGGAGUGGAACCUUGUCUUGCACGGUGCACAUCCAACAGGACCCCCUCAUCUCCCACCAGUGGUUUCUGCCCACCAGCAUCUCAUCUCCAGGCUCCAGGGUGUCCCCAGGGGAGGUGGCAGCGUGGUGAAUGUACAGACACGAGGACACUGUGCCAGGGGAGGCACCCAGCCCCAGGGGCACCCUGAGCACCCCAGCCAGGCCAGGGCUGGCUCUUCUCCCCUAAAUCAGGGGUCCCAAGGAGCACCUCGGGCCUGAUUUGCCUCUGUCUCUCCCCAGAGAGUGCAGAAUAACAUUGUGCCUAAUUUAAAUCAACAGUCAAGGAGAUAAAACUGUGCAUUUUGGAAAAAGCCAGAAUAAAAACCCAAGAAAGCCCCUACCUGGACCAGCUCCUGUGUCCAAGCUGGACUCUGGAAAGGUCUGGAUCUUCCCAGCAUCCCUUACCCUCUGCUAUCUAUUUUUCCAUGGAUUCUGGAACUGACAGCCCAGAGCAUCAUUUCCCCACGCCGAGUCUGGCACUGCCAAACCCACGCUGCACUUGCUGCUUGUUCUCAGCUCACACGGUGUUUUGCAAUAUCUCUGUAAAUAAAACACAGCAAGGUGAAUAAAACAACGUGGAAAUAGGUCUGGCUAGGAAUUCCUGCGGGAUGUGGAGCAGCAGAGGGUUGCAAUAGCCAUAGCAGGGGCAGACUCCCAGGGUGCAGUUUCCUGCUGCUUUCUGAAGGAGUAAAAACACAAUUGGAAGAGCAAUAGAAUCCCUUUCAUUCUCUAUGCAGUUUGUGGAAUAUUCACUCAGUUUCUGCUUCAGAUGAGGUGAAGAUGUGCCAAGGUUUCCUUUAAUUCCCUGGAUUUCCUGGAUUGCUAACAGAGCAGGGUGAGCUCCAGCUCUGAUUCAGGAAGAGAUUACACCAAGCAGCUCCAGCACAUAAUCUCAGCUGUUUUCUAAAAUGGAAGCAGCAGUCCCACCUUAAUCCAGUUUCUGUUCUGAACCUGGCAUUCCUGGAACGGGCUGGAAUGCAGGGGUUUGAUGUUCAGCCCACAGCCUUGUGUAACACCUGAACCUGGCUCUUCAGAGCCAAAACUGCAAAAUUGGGAACUCCAGCUCGAGAGAUCUCAGGCACACAUGAGCUGUUCUUCCUUCUCCACAGUUUUAACCAAAUUCACUCGGUGGGAAUCAACUCAAUAUUCACAGAAUGAUGCAAAGGCAGGAGGUUUUUGGGCAGAAAAAUAGCACCAAGCUACUGGUCCCUUUUUAAAUGUAUUUACAAGCAGAAAGAUCCCUUUGACUUGGGGAAUUAACAGGUGAGGAGCUGAACAAAAAUAACAAAUAUUACAUUUCUAGACAAAGAAGCUUUAAAGCAUUUGGAAAUUACCACAGGUGAUGUUUGCCCUGUACUAAAGCCUGGUGUGAUCCCUCAGGAUAAUAAUAUUAAUAAUAAUAAUAUCCCUCAGGAUAAUGUGGAUAAUACCUGAACUUUGUGCCAUAAUUUACUUUGUGUCCAGUGUUGAAAAUCCUCAUCUGUGUUCCUUGCUCCCAAAUUUUUCUCUGAAUCUAGAACAGAACCUUAUAGCUCAGCCCACCUGAACCAGUACCUGAAAAACUCUUCCAAAAUGCCAUGGAGGGAAAAAAAGCUGCUGGAAAAGAUCUCUGUCCUCAUGUGGACCAAAAAUGCCCAGGUGUGGUUUCCCAGAGCUGCAGUGCUGGCUGUGAGGAAUUUCCUGCAGCCAUCAUUCAUCCCAGGACACUUCCAGCUGCUCCUCCCACACUCCAGGUUACCAGGAAUGGGGAAAUCCCACCUUGGGAAGGUGGCAGGGCCAGCUCUGGCCACCUCUGCAGCUUUUCCUUCCCCACAAAGCUCCUGCACUUCCAGACAGCGAGUGAAGCACUUGGAAAGGCAGAACUGAGCCUUCCCCUUUUGGAGACAGCAAUGUUAUAGAUAACACAACAACAUCACAGCACCAAACCUCCUCCCAGCUCUGGCUUUCCUGGGAAUUCAGCGAUGCUGAGAGCAGGGCCAGGCUGUGCUGGCACAGCCAGGAGCUGUUUGCAGAGCCCAGCACAUCCUGCAGGACCCAGCACAGCUCUGAGCCUGGCAGUUCCACACCUCACUGUUCCUUCCACUCUGGAGACAAACCCCAAACCUCUGCUUCCCCCAAGAUUGAGCUGGCAGGACGUGCUGCUGAUGGGAGGGCUCCUGAGCUGGGUUUUCCAUCACCUUAACGAGAAGAUUUCAUUUCUUCGUUCCUCCAGAACUCCAGAGCCUGGCUCUAGCCCCUCUUUUGUGAUUCCUGAUUUCCAAUUGAAGCUUUAGUUCUGCUUAUGGAGUCUUCCUGUUCCUGCUUCCCCUCCCUGUGGCUCCCAGCCCUGCCUGGGGCUCUCUGCACCCCAGAUUUUUUGAAUCCAAAGCCAGUGAAUUCUGCCUGCUCUGUGUUUGCUGCUUGCCUGCUUGCUCCCACUCCACAGAACUCUUUAUCUUCCUGGCUGAAGAGUAAAUUAACUCCAGUAGGUCAAACCAGCUUAUCCAAUCCUGCUGAAAUUAAAAAAUAAAAAAAAAAAAAAAAAGGACAACAGGAAAAAUGAAGCCACUACCUCUUGUGGUGAAAAUCUCCAGUGCAAACACGACUCCCAGGGGAGUCAGGAAUGUAUAAAAUGCCCAUCACAGGUACAUGUGGCACCAACCAAUGUCUUCAUGCAGCACUGUAAUUAAAUAGAGACUUGCACAAGCCA